GCCGGCCUCGGGCCGCCUCUCCCGAUCCUGGCACCUAGCACCCCACCCCAUUCCUCGGGCAUCAGCAGAGUCCCCAGGCGACGCGACCACGCGCCCAGUUGGGGAGGAGGAAGAAGGGGGGCGCAGGCUGGGGAGGGUCACCUCCGCGCCGCGGCUCCUCAGCUCCCGGGGAGUCGCCCGGACUGGCUUGCCGGUGGCCGUGGGAAUGAGCGUGUCCCGAGGCGGCAGCUGCUGCGGGGGAUAAACCCGGGAGAAGCCGCGAGACUGACUGAAGUCAGCCAGGAGCACACGGCGCGGCGGGGCCGGGCGCCCAACCCCAUCCCUACUCGGGCGAUGGCACAGGGAGCCCCCCGCGCCUUCCACAGCCCAGGGCGCCCGCCCGAGGGGACUGGGGCUGGAAUCCCGCGGCGCCGGUGCCCUGGCUUCGCGGGCGAGGAGGAGGAGGAGCAGGAGGAGGAGCCGCGGGUGAGGCGCGGGGCCACCGCCCACCCGGCCCGGAGGAGGCGGACCCACUCGGAGCGCCGCGCGCGCGCCGGGGCUGAGCCUUGCAAACAAGUGUCUGUGCGGUGUCCCCGCGGCCCUCCUCGCGCCGGGGCCGCUUCCUCUGGGUAGGAGGGAGCAAGGGAGCCCUCGCUGCGCGGCCCGCGAGCCGCCGCCGCCCUCGGCCCGGGCAUCCCCGCGCGGGGGCCGCGGACUCGACUAGGCUGCCAGGAGCAGCGACACUGGGUCGCGGUGCGAGAAGCUCCUGACAGAAAAACGUGCGUGGUUGUCCCCACCCCUGGGAGGGGUUGCCGGUGCCGCGCGCGGCCGCCCAGUCGCCAGCGCUCUCUCCUGGGAGGAUCCGCCGCCGGAGGAAGGAGUGGACCCAACCUGGCCGCGGCGCAGAAGUGGCUCCCAAGGAAGCCGGCCCCGGGGCCGCCGCCUCGUGUCCCCUCGGGGCGCAGUACUCGGGGGUCGGCGGGCCGGAGCCGAGGCGCAGCCGGGGAGCCGGGGGCUGCAGGGCUGAGCGGGCAGCCGCGCGAGGGGGCGGGCGCUCGGCGACCCGGGGGCCGGCUGGGCUGAGCCCCGCGCCCCGGGACGCGGGCUGGAAGCGACGGAGGAGCGCUGCCGCGGGCUGCGGACCAGCGCCGUCCCCCCACGGAGCGGGGCUUCUGCUAUGACAGUUGGGCUCCCCGGAGGGUUAACCUGGGUGUCCUCGGCAAAGUUGUCGCCGAGCCGGGAGCCCGUGUAGGGGCCGCGGCGCCGCGGCUCGGGGGGCGGCCGGGCGGCCGGCGGCGGUCGUGGCUUGGCGGGGCCCGCGCGGCCGGGGGGCUCCUGGGGGUGUGCGCCCCCAGCCGGCUGCCCUCGUGGAUGCCUCCCGGCGGCGGCGGGCCCAUGAAAGACUGCGAGUACAGCCAGAUCAGCACCCACAGCUCCUCCCCCAUGGAGUCGCCCCACAAGAAGAAGAAAAUCGCGGCCCGGAGGAAAUGGGAGGUGUUCCCGGGAAGAAACAAGUUCUUCUGCAACGGGAGGAUCAUGAUGGCCCGGCAGACGGGCGUCUUCUACCUGACGCUCGUCCUCAUCCUGGUCACUAGCGGACUCUUCUUCGCCUUCGACUGUCCGUACCUGGCGGUGAAAAUCACUCCUGCCAUCCCUGCAGUCGCCGGCAUCCUGUUCUUCUUUGUGAUGGGGACCCUGCUCCGCACCAGCUUCAGCGACCCUGGAGUCCUCCCACGAGCCACACCUGAUGAAGCCGCCGAUCUGGAAAGGCAAAUAGAUAUCGCAAACGGCACCAGUUCAGGGGGGUACCGCCCGCCUCCCAGAACCAAAGAAGUCAUCAUCAAUGGCCAGACCGUGAAACUUAAAUACUGUUUCACCUGCAAGAUUUUCCGGCCCCCUCGCGCCUCCCAUUGCAGCCUUUGUGAUAACUGCGUAGGUUCACAGCAAACAGGAUUCCUAAAUGCCCUUAAGGACAGUCCUGCAAGUGUCCUGGAGGCUGUGGUGUGCUUCUUCUCUGUCUGGUCCAUCGUUGGCCUCUCAGGAUUCCACACCUACUUGAUCAGCUCCAACCAGACGACAAAUGAGGACAUUAAAGGAUCCUGGUCAAAUAAAAGAGGUAAAGAAAAUUACAAUCCCUACAGCUACGGAAAUAUCUUUACCAAUUGCUGUGUUGCCCUGUGUGGGCCCAUCUCACCAAGCCUAAUUGACAGAAGAGGGUACAUCCAGCCCGACACGCCGCAGCCAGCAGCACCCUCCAGCGGUAUCACCAUGUACGGGGCCACGCAGUCACAGAGCGACAUGUGCGACCAAGACCAGUGCAUUCAGAGCACCAAAUUCGUUUUGCAGGCCGCGGCCACCCCCUUGCUGCAGAGUGAGCCCAGCCUCACCAGCGAUGAGCUGCACCUACCCGGGAAGCCCGGCCUGGGCACGCCCUGCGCCAGCCUCACACUGGGCCCGCCCACGCCGCCCGCCUCCAUGCCCAACCUCGCCGAGGCCACGCUUGCGGACGUGAUGCCCCGGAAAGAUGAGCACAUGGGCCACCAGUUCCUGACGCCCGAUGAGGCGCCCUCGCCCCCCAGGCUGCUGGCGGCGGGCAGCCCCCUGGCGCACAGCCGCACCAUGCAUGUGCUGGGCCUGGCCAGCCAGGACUCCCUGCACGAGGACUCCGUGCGCGGCCUGGUGAAGCUCAGCUCCGUGUGACCCGUGUGGCCCCAGGCUGGGGAGGCACCAGAGGCUCCUCCACGGGCAGCAGGAGUGAGCGGAGGGGUGUGCUCCACAGCGACUCCCCCAGCCAAUGCCACGGUGGAGAUAACAGCCCCAGGUCUGGGGGACAGAGACCACUUAGAACGGCACAGGGCUGCCGGCCCCGGAUGCUGAGAGCUUGGUUUCAUUUGAAUUUUCUUCCCCAACCUGAGUGCUUUGACACCAAUGGAAACAAAGAAGUGGCUGCUUUCUUUUGGUGGGCCUGGGGACGGGGACCCUCCAGGGGUAGAAUUGGAGCGUGUCUGCCCGCCCUUGUGACAGACACACGGAAGGCUUCUGACGCUUGUGGCCAGACUGCAACUGCACUUACGUGUUAUGCUACUAAUAUUUGAAACAGACAUGCCAUUCCAUUUGUUAAUUAAAAAAAAAGAAAAAAAAAUCCUAAAGGGGAAAAACCGACCAGGUGUGGAUCUGCAUGCCACGCUGCCGUCUGUGUUACAGUGGUGUUGCUGUUUCCAAGGAAGUGCUGCUUUCUUUUUCUUUUUUUAAUUUUGUGAAUUUUUAAGUGCUGUUUUGUUGGAAGACAGUGCAACGAACCGAGACUGAUGGACAGUGUCCUCACUCAGCUUAUUGGGCUGUGGCGUCUGUGGAAAGGUGACACCAGGGCUGCAGAGGGCGGCUGGGGUUCCGUCGUGUCGGGGGUCAUUUCACCUUCUGUUUGGCCGCUCGAUGAGGUCUCGUGUUGAGGUAUUGUGUGCCGCGCCCCCCACAGUCUUCACCUCCGUGUGUGAUGAAACUUCCCGUGGACAGCCAAUAAAAUGACAUCCUCUGUUA